UCAGCCUGGUCUAACCGAAUUCUUUCUCUUGCUGUAAUUCUUACUGCAAAGCCACUGAAUACAGACAUUUAACUUGCACUGUAGCCUCUCGUGUCCCCACGUUAGAAGAAGCACCGCGUCACCACCUCCUCAGCGAAUUGUGUCACGUAACAAGCCGGAGCUUCCCCCCGCGUCACGUGACCGUCCGAGCAGUGUGGCAUCGUCGGCCGCUCCAUCGUCUCUGUCGGCCGCAGUUGCUCAGUGCAGAUCCGCCGGAGGAGGAGGAGGAGGAGACACACGGUCUAUGUCGGCAGCCGCUCUCCCGUCAACACGUUAAAGAUUGUUUCCACAUCGACGUAAACCUUGCCCAACACCAUGUCCCAUGACAAGAGUGGAUACCCAGGUUUGGAUGAAACCAACCCACUUCAUAACAACGUCUAUGGACCCCCUCAGUCGGGUUUCGGGAUGCCCCCUCCUAACUACAGCCAGGCCACAGGGGGACCUUACGCACCAGCAUCUGGCUAUGGGCAGCCAGGCUUCGCCCAGGCAGGCCCGGGUUUUGCCCCCGGUCCCUACCCUCAGAUGCCCUACCCACAGAUGCCCUACCCACAGGGACCCUACCCUCAGGGGCCUUAUCAGCAAGGGCCCCCCCAGCCAGGCUUUCCUGGAGACCCCACUGUACCUGCUGGCAGCCCUGGUUAUCACGGCGAUGGGCCUCCAUCUUACUACGACAAUGAGGAGUUCAACAACUCUGGCUUUGAAGAUAAGACCAUCCGACAAGCCUUCAUCCGAAAAGUGUUCAUGGUGCUCACAGUGCAGCUGAUGGUGACCUUUUCAUUUGUUGCCAUCUUCACCUUUGUCGAUGAGGCAAAGACAUUUGUGCGACACAAUCCAUGGACAUACUACGUGUCCUACGCAGUCUUCUUUGUGUCACUAAUCGUCCUCAGUUGCUGUGGAGAAUUCCGCCGCAAGCAUCCCUGGAACUUGAUUGCACUGUCCGUCCUGACCCUGAGCCUCUCCUACAUGGUGGGCAUGAUUGCCAGCUUCUACGACACAGAGACGGUCAUCAUGGCUGUGGGCAUCACCGCAGUGGUCUGUUUCACUGUGGUCCUGUUCUCACUACAGAGCAAGUAUGACUUCACCUCCUGUCGCGGGGUGCUGUUCGUGUGCCUGAUCGUGCUGUUGCUCUUCUCCAUCCUCUGCAUCUUCAUCCGCCACAGGAUCCUGCAUAUCGUCUAUGCCUCACUGGGGGCUCUGCUCUUCACAUGCUUUUUGGCUGUGGACACUCAGCUUCUCCUGGGCAACAAGAAACUUUCCCUGAGUCCAGAGGAGUACAUUUUUGCUGCCCUUAACCUCUACACCGACAUCAUCAACAUCUUCCUCUACAUCCUGGCUAUUGUGGGGCGCUCCCGUGAUUGAGGCUGUACAAGCUGGAGGAAAAAUGGCAGGGAGACAGAGAAUACCUCCCAUUAUUGUGAAAUGUCACUAACAUGCCCUUUUAUCUUCGACUCCUUUUAUAUUUUUCCCCAUUUGACUCUUCAUUCUCCUCAUACACGCACUUUUUUUUUCAAAGGUAGUCAAAUGCUGUGGAGGAGAUGCAGCGGGCCAUAAAAGGCAGCUGAGAGGGACUCUUAUUUAUUAAAGAAAAACUUAGCCAUUAAUGACAGAAUGCACUGAUCUGUCUUUUCCUCAAGUUAGGCCACUCUGCUUGCAUUAACUGUCCUCUGCUUCUACUAACACCGACCACUAACACUAACCACACCCAAAUCCCCCAUCAGUUUGGCAUGGCACAUGCAUUAUCCUGAUAGUGCUCUAGCUUUCAGGCUAGCUGCGGAGAUUAAACGGGAGAAGAGCAGGGAACGCAUUGGUCAUGCUUGUACUGAUGCAAAACAGUUUUCCCCGGAGGAGGGGAAAUUAGUGCUAGACAUCCCCCUCCCUCAAUCUGUUUGUUUCCCUAAACAUAUCUCUCCUUUUCCAAACUGCUGCUGUAAAGUUACUGCAUGGCAACAUUGGAAACACAGCUAAAGGUGUGUUACGAUUCUUUAGAACAACCAGAGGAAUAAUAAUAAUAAUAAAUUUAAUUUAUAGAGCACUUUCAUUGCUAAAAUCAAUCUCAAAGUGGACUACUAAUAACCUCUAGCUUGCUUGUCACGGCUGUAUAUAGUUAAGUGUAUUGAAGAAUAUGAUACCACUCCCCACCAAAGGCAUUGUGGGGUGAAUAUAUGGAUGUGCUGCUUUUUUGGGAAAAACUUUGAUGUCAGAGCUUUGCUGGACCCAUCAUGGUAACUCAAAUCUUUCAAUGGCAUGAGACUGAAGAUCGGUGUUGGAUGUUUAUGACAAACAUGAACCUAAAUUAAUAUUGAUGAACUAAAUGUCAUGUAAUCUUUUCAAAUCGAAGGAAACGUUCAUGUUAGUGAUUCUAAAGCUGAGAUGUUUCAUUUUCCUUUCUUUUUUCUUUUUUUUUACUGUUCUCCCAAAUUCCCCUUUUGUCUGGUCAUCAAUGUGAAGUGACAUUUUAGUGUUGUAUUUCAUUUUUUUCCUUACAACUAAUGUGAAAUAAAGUAUUGGAGUUUCCGAUCACUUUUAUACUGGGCUAAUUCAGAUUUCAGAACUUAAAAUAUGAGGAUGAUUUAAGGAAUGGUGGUUAUAACUUUACUAUUUUUUAAGCUUUGAUGUAGAUUGCUGGGUUGCUCUGAAGUUGUUAAAGGCUGGUGUUGAAGAAAACAAACUCGAGGUGAAGUUCGCAAAGACUAUAUUCCUUAAAUUUAUUGUGGACCAUAACAUACUGGUUGCAUAACAUACAAAAAGCAGCAGGCAAAAAUACUCAUACACAACUUGAAUGAUAUAUUUAAUGUGAAGAUUUUUUUAAUUGUGUAACCUCUGUUUUUGAUUUUUCACAUCUUGCAUGACUUUUCCCCCAUUUGCAUGUGCUGAUGAUGCACACUGUACAGGUAAUCCAGAGACACUGUUGUUUCCUGUCACUGACACUAACUUUUAAUCUUGUGUUGGUACCGAACUAACGUGUAUGUGUAUAUAAAACUCCUUAGUGGUUUGAUGUGUAUAGAUUAAGUAAGUUUGGGGAUUUGAAGGUCUGUUGACAUUGUAUAUUUGCAUUAAAUCAAAGUAGGACCACACUCAGCAAUUUUUAAUUGUUACAAUUUAUUUCAUACAUUGUUGUCAGUUUAUCGGUCACACCGAGCUGAGACUAAUCUGGUCAAAUACAACAAUCCUGCACUAAAUCACACCUACGUGAAGGUCACAAUGUUUUCUUUGCUACUAAGUUGUAUUGCAUUAUGUUGACAGGUGUUUAUCAUUUUGUCAACCCAAUGAUGUAAGGAUAAAUAACUCACUCCUGUCUGUAUAUCAUACAUCAACCGCAAACUACAGCCUCCAAAUAGAUCAGACAGUUGAGUAAACACCUCUGUAACACAAUUUCAACAAAACUGAACAUUAUAAUCUUAAUUAAAGGAGGAUUUAUGCGGGACGUUUGUAUUAGACUGCAUUAGUUUGAGCUGGGUGUUCCUAAUAAACUGACAACAGAUCUUAA